GUGAUUUACGACCCGCAGCCUCGGGACCUGGCUUUUUUUUCAUUAUCCUAGUCUGGACCGCCAUCAUAUGAGCCCCUGGACUGCAUAUAGUAGCCAUUGAUCACCCUCCUUUGUGUCGAUGUGAUUUCAUGUGGGCUUUCCUUCUUUCUUCCCUUGUCCACGAACUGGAUCUUAUCUCGAUUGUUCGCCGCUCGUUCUUUGCGACUGUUGAUCUGAUAUAGAUCUUCGGCCAAUCCUUCAUCGUCGUUGUUCUUCUGGCAGCUUGUUUGCCAUUCAUAUAGCACAACAUGAAGCUCAGAAGUGGCCGCAUCGCCGCCCUUGCGGUGGCCGCGCUAUCCGCUCAAUCAUGCGUCGCCCAAGAACCCACCAUGGUUGAGCACGAGUCCGGAAUUACUUUUGGCACCUGGUCCGCCGCCGCCGGAGGCUCUCAAGCUCCUUUUGAGUUUGGUAUGGCUCUGCCCGAGAAUGCCUUGACGACAGACUCAACCGAAUACAUUGGUCUCCUUCGAUGCGGCAAAAGCAGCAAAGGUGAGGGCGGCUGGUGCGGACUUUCGCACGGCGAGUCUGGUCAGAUGAUUGGCGCCCUGCUGCUCGUCGCCUGGCCGCACGGCGACGAGGUGCUGACCAGCUUCCGCUACGUCACGGGCUACGACUUCCCCGGCGUCUACAAGGGCGAUGCCAAGCUCACGCAGAUCUCGUCAAAGAUCACCGACGACUACUACGAGGUCACCUACCGCUGCCAGGGCUGCUUGGCCUGGGAGCAGGAUGGCGAUGCUGGAAAGACAUCUACCAGCCAGGGCUUCUUGGUCCUGGGUCGCGCGUCUGGCUCCGACACGCCCACCAACCCAGACUGCCCGGACAAGAUCACCCACGGAUUCCACGAUACCGGGUUUGGUCAGUACGGCGCAGUCUUGCAGGGUUUGGCUAGGAGCGAAUAUAGCCAGUGGGUUGGGCUGGCGACCAAGACUGUUUCGGGCAACUGCGGUGCUACCUCUCCAACAACCACAGCAGCCACCAUGACCUCAGCACCAGCAACAACCUCAGAGACAUCAAUCCCGGCCACUACUACCACCUCGGCACCUGCAGUGACCUUUACUCCCGCACCAACUGAGGAGUUUGAUUACAUCGUAGUCGGAGCCGGCGCGGGCGGCAUCACUGUUGCCGACAAGCUCAGCGAGAAGGGUCACAGUGUUUUGCUGAUUGAAAAGGGACCACCCUCGACAGGCUACUGGGGUGGCACCAUGCGUCCUGACUGGCUCAAUGAUACCAAGCUGACUAGGUUCGAUGUCCCUGGUCUUUGUAACCAGAUCUGGGCCGACUCUGCUGGUGUUGCAUGCACAGACAUGGACCAGAUGGCUGGUUGUGUGCUGGGAGGUGGCGUUGCUGUGAAUGCCGGUCUGUGGUGGAAGCCUCACCCCCUUGAUUGGGACGAGAACUUCCCCGCGGGCUGGAAGUCCAGCGACACUCGCCAGGCCACGGACCGUGUCUUCUCUCGCAUUCCCGGCACGGUUAGACCCUCACAAGACGGCAGGAUCUAUUAUGACCAAGGCUUCAAUGUUUUGUCCUCGGGUCUCAGCUCGGCGGGCUGGUCACGAAUCGACGAACCCAACUCCUCCCCUGACCGCAAGAACCGGACAUUCGGACACUCGACCUUUAUGUUCUCCGGCGGUGAACGUGGCGGUCCCCUGGCAACCUACCUCAAGACUGCCGCCGAGCGCUCCAACUUCCGCCUUAUCACCGACACAGGUGUCAAGAGGCUGGUGCGGUCCGGCGGGCGCAUUACGGGGGUCGAGAUCGAGGGCAACCCCGCGACCGGCCAUGGCUACUCGGGAGUGGUCAACGUAACAGCAAGCACAGGCCGCGUUAUCCUGUCGGCCGGCGUCUUUGGCACCGCAAAGGUGCUGUUCCGCAGCGGCAUUGGUCCAGCCGAUUCCCUGGCCACGGUCAAGGGGUCAGCGUCCGAUGGCGCAUCCAUGAUCAGCGAGUCGGAGUGGAUCAACCUGCCCGUGGGCUACAACCUUCUCGACCACGUCAACACCGACACCAUCAUAGACCACCCCGACGUCGUCUUCUACGACUUUUACGAGGCCUGGGACCACCCGAUCCCGUCGGACGAGGAGAAGUACCUCAACAGCCGCACGGGCAUCCUCGCGCAGGCGGCGCCCAACAUCGGCCCGCUGUUCUGGGAGGAGGUCAAGGGCGCCGACGGCAUCGUCAGGCAGUUCCAGUGGACUGCCCGCGUCGAGGGUACCACAAACACUUCGAUGACCAUGAGCAUGUACCUCGGCCGUGGCCUGACAAGCAGAGGCCGCAUGUCCAUCACCAGCAGACUGGACACGCGUGUCGUGACCCCGCCGUAUCUGCGCGACGACAACGACCGCCUGGCCGUCAUUCAGGCCCUCGAAAACGUCCGCGUGUCGCUCAGUGGCGUGCGGAACCUGACCUGGCACGUCCCCACGGUCAACCAGACCAGUGAGGCGUAUGUCAACUCGUUGCUGACGACGCCUGCUCAGCGGAGGGCGAACCAUUGGAUGGGUACCACCAAGCUCGGCACCGACGACGGUCGCAACGGCGGCACGGCCGUCGUCGACACCAACACCAAGGUAUACGGUACCGAUAACCUCUUUGUCGUUGACGCAUCCAUAUUCCCGGGAAUGGUGACCAACAACCCGUCUGCCAUGAUCGUGAUCGCCGCCGAGCAUGCUGCCACUAAGAUUAUGGCACUCAGCCAGUAGCAUGGGAUGGCUGCUGUAUCGUCGGCUUGAGAAUGGAGGCAUUCCGAGUGGUUGUAUGUCAAGUUGGAGAAAAUCUCACUGGCACCAUUCUCAAAUAAGCAUACAAAUCCUUUGUAAAUACGUACGAGAUGACAGAAAGCAAAAUUAUUUUGGGCCAUGUU